AUGGAGAACUGGAACAAAAGCAGAGUAACUGAGUUCAUCCUUGUGGGAUUCCCAAACUUGUACAGUUAUGGUCCAAUUCUUUUCCUCUGCCUUCUUCUUGCCUAUCUCCUUAUAAUAUUUGGAAAUGUGCUGAUAUUUAUAACAAUAUGUCUAGACACACGUCUCCACAUACCAAUGUAUUUCUGUGUUGGAGUAUUGUCUAUCUUGGAACUCUGUUAUACGGCUGUUGUAAUUCCAAAGAUGUUAAUAAACUUGCUGAAGCCAAGGAAAGGUAUAUAUUUUACCAACUGCCUCCUGCAAAUCUAUUUUUUCCAUUCUCUUGGAGUAAGUGAGUGUUAUCUACUCACUACUAUGGCAUAUGAUCGCUACUUAGCAAUUUGUCAUCCUCUGCGCUAUUCAUCAAUAAUGACCGCCAAAUUAACUAUUCAAUUAGUUUGCACCUGUUUUAUUGCUGGAUUUUUAUUUCCAGCCCCUGAAGUUAUUUUAAUAUCCCACCUUCCUUAUUGUGGCAGUAAUGAAAUUCAGCAUAUAUUUUGUGACGCACCAGCCCUUCUAAGUGUGGCUUGUACUGAUAAAUCUGUCCUUGUCCUUAUAGAAUUUAUAGUCAAUAGUUUUAUUCUUUUUGGAACGUUCAGUUUUGUAAUGAUUUCUUAUAUAAGGAUUAUUGUAGCUAUCAUGAAAAUCAAUAGCUCUGGAGGGCGAUCAAAGGCUUUCUCUACUUGUGUUUCUCAUUUGGCAGUAGUGCUUGUGUUCUAUAGCUGCACUACAUUUGUGUAUGUACGACUCAGGGAAAGUUACUCUUUGUAUUAUGACAGAGUUCUUGCAGUUAUCUAUACAGUGCUUACUCCUAUAUUCAAUCCAAUAAUCUACAGUCUAAGAAACAAAGAGAUAAGACUUGCCAUUAAACGAAGAAUGUGUAAUAGAACAGGUUUCAGUAAAUCAGUACACUGCUGA